UUCGUGCAGGAGGACUACUGCAGCACGGAGGGGUGGGACAACCUCCGGCAGAGCUACCAGGCGGCGCACGGCUGCCUGUCCCUGGUGGUGUGCGUCUUCGGCUCCGUGGCCAACGUCAUCAACAUGGUGGUGCUGACCAGGCGCUCCAUGGUCUCGCCCACCAACGCCGUCCUCACGGGGCUGGCGGUGACGGACCUGCUGGUCAUGGUCGAGUACAUCCCUUACACCAUGCACCAGUACGUGUGGCACGGGCGCCCGCUGGCCUCCCGGUACUCGUGGGGGUGGGCGGUCUUCGUCCUCUUCCACGCCCACUUCGCGCAGGUCUUCCACACCAUAUCUAUCUGGCUGACUGUCACUCUGGCCGUCUGGCGCUACAUCGCCAUCGCCUUCCCUCAGAACAACACUACUUGGUGCUCCAUGCAACGCACGCGCACCGUCAUUGUCGCCGCCUUCUUUUGUUCGCUCUUCUGCAACAUUUCCAACUACCUCAACUUCACCAUAAGCAAGCUGGAACACCAAGGGCAGACACUGUACAUUGUGGGCUUCAGUGACCUCGCGCAGGCUCACGGCGGACUGAUGAAGAGCAUCAACUUUUGGAUCUAUGCGGUUAUACUCAAGCUCCUGCCAUGCGGCGCACUCACCGGCCUCUCUUUCGCUCUCAUACAAGAAUUGCUACGAGCCGCAAAGCGACGUACACAGCUCAUGAAAGGGAAUUCGUUAGUCCGGGGAACUGACCCUGGCCGACAGGCAGAUCGAGUCACAAAAAUGUUACUAGCGAUUCUUGUGUUGUUUCUCGCGUCUGAAGUACCACAAGGAAUCCUGGGUCUCCUAACUGUUAUCCCCGACUCCGGGUUCUUCCCCUGCUACCAGAAGCUCGGGGAGAUCAUGGACAUGUUGGUGCUCUUUAACAGUGCCAUCAACUUCCUGUUGUACUGCUCCAUGAGCCAGCAGUUUAGGGAGACGUUCAGCAGUCUCUUCAAGCCGUGUUGCGUCUCGGUAAUGACAAUACGCACUCCGCGAUAUACGCCAAGCUGGAAGGCGGUGCCCUCCACCGACCCGGCCUUGAAGGUCAACAACACCUCCAUCACACAUGUCUAGUCACCAAGUGUUUCAGCGAUAAACAUGUGUAAACAGUGUGCUGGUGCUUCUAGACUCACAAACAUCUCAUGUUCGUACAUCCGGUUAUAACAUGUUCGUACAUCCGGUUAUAACAUGUUCGUACAUCCGGUUAUAACAUGUUCGUACAUCCGGUUAUAACAUGUUCGUACAUCCGGUUAUAACAUGUUCGUACAUCCGGUUAUAACAUGUUCGUACAUCCGGUUAUAACAUGUUCGUACAUCCGGUUAUAACAUGUUCGUACAUCCGGUUAUAACAUGUUCGUACAUCCGGUUAUAGCAUAUUCAUACAUCCGGUUGAGACAGAAUGAGAAGACAUGCUUCUACUGGAACAUUAGACUAUGAAACUUUCUCCAUCACAAUAACAUUUCAUGAAUUAAAAUAAAGAAUAAAAAUCAUUUUUCUUCCCAAAAAUAUAUAAGAAGACAACUCAAGCAUACGAACAAGUACCGAACCAACGCACAUAGAGAUAACCGAGACAUUGUUUCAUGCGUUACAACGACAGUUAUCAGCAUUAACAAUUAAAAUGCCAGUUUGUUUCCCAAACUUGCAAAUAGUCAGAAUGAUAAAACUGGACACUUAAAGACAUGUUCGGCAAACUACUGUAAGGAUUCCUUGGUGUUGUGUACCUGCGUAAACGUGAGAAAACUAACCCUUACAGUACAUGAUCUAAGGCUCUCUCAAGUGGGGGACCGUAGAGUGAGAGUGAACUUAUUUGCUGAGAAAGACUCAGCCAUUGUUAUUGUGUCAGACAAUAAACAAUUAAAUAUUCUUCACUACUAGCCUGAAAUCACUAUAUGAUUUUCAUAGAUUUUGAAUAAGUUAAAAAAUAGAUGAGAAACUAGACUAAUCAUAUGUACGAUGUAUUUUAGCUCCCAAUUGUUAAUAUUAUUGAAGAAUAUGUAUGAAUGCACUAGCAAACAUCGAAUGGGAGGUUUGAAUCACGCACUUGUUACACUUCUGUGCAAAUGAUCGUCGCCUUGACCAGUCGAGUCAUACCAGCCUCAGGACUCGACUCUGGAAGGUGGGGCUCAGUUCUGCAUUAAGGUAGUCUCUUGCACUGUGAUAUGGACGACACGUGGGGCAAAGUUUGUCAGCCCAUAGCGCAGCCGGGAACUAGUUGUUAGUGAGGCCCAUUGGUGCUGCUCAGCCAAUUAGAACCGGUACUUUUAG